ACGAGAGCAACCGCACGCUCGAGAUGUCUCCCUGCCAGGGACGAGUCGAGGGGAUGGAGACUCGCUCGGGAACCUUCGGACUUUGGAGCGGUCAAGUGCCAAUGACAAUUGUUCAGAUGUUGCUCGAACUUUAAAACAUCUUCAUUUGUGAGUAAAUGGCUGGUCUGGAACUGUUUGACUGCGACCCUCCGGACGCCAGAGACUCUUCCUCCCUCAGCGGAGGCAGCCCGAGGAGCGCGCGUCCUCCUGGCGCGCCAGACGCUUCAGCACCGCGGACAGAGAAUCGGGAGGACGCGGCGCGAAGCGAAACCUCCUUCUCAGCUGCGGAGGAGGAUUUUCUUCGACAGGAAAGAAGUAACCAGAGCUCAUCAAGUCAGGAGGAGGAGGAGGAGGAGGCGGGUGAAGAGGAGUCGGAACUUUAUCUGUUGUCCGAGGACGAGCUCUCUUCUGACGGCUCCGGGAAGUCGGUGGAUUUCGGCUUCAUCAUCGCCGUGACUUGCCUCGUCACGGGAAUCUCUUUGGUCGCCAUCACCUACGUGGUCCCCAGAGACGCGCGAGUGGACCCGGAUAGCGUGUCGGCGCGGGAGAUGGAGCGGCUGGAGCGGGAGAAAGCCCGUGUGGGAGCCCAUCUGGACCGAUGCGUCAUAGCGGGACUGUGCCUGCUCACCCUGGGGGGCGUCCUGCUCUCCUCCCUGCUCAUGGUCUCCAUGUGGAAGGGGGAGAUGAUGAGAAGAAAAGCUUUGGCUUACUCCAAACACGCAGCCAAGUUGUACGGAUCCAUGCAGCUGAGAGGAGCCAGUCCCAACCUGGACUCUCACUUGGAGGAGGACUUGGAGGUACUCAGCUGAACUGGACUCGGGGUUUCAUUCGGUUGCAGCCGUCAGUAGCAACAUUUAAUCAGUUUUCCUGGAGUUUUCAUUCGGCAGCAGCAAGAAUAAAUCAGAAUUAUUGUUCAAAUCCCAGCAACAGAUCUGAUUUAUUUAUAUAACAGAAGCGAGCUGCAGCAGGAUCCCGCCUCAUUCCUCUGGAAGGGAUUAAUCAUUUCAGCCCAAGCUAUGAGUGACUGGAAUUAAUUAUGGAUGUGUUUUCGGAAAACUACCCAGAGUGCCAUUAAAACAAAUUCAAUGUAUUUUCCUUGUUAUGACUGGCGACCUUGGGGGAGAAAUGAAGUGUGAACAGUUGGCACUGUGGUGUCAAAUUGUCACCUCCACAUGGUGAUGCUGAUGUUUUGGGAAGUUGAUGCGCCCUAAAUAAACAAGGUGAGUUUGG